CCCACCAUCCCACCAUUCCGUGUUCAAGAUGGCAGCAGAGGAAAGCGGCGGAUCGUCCUCCUCCUCUCGCAACCGCUGUCCGGAUCGCCUCGCCGCCGCUCUCGUCUCCUUCGACCUUACUUCUUCUUGACCGUUGUCUCGGAUAGUGUGGUAUCCGAACGGGUCCCAGAAGACGCCGGACAGGGAGUUUUUCUCACUUAUACUCUGCUUCACGCGAAGACCCUUUCUACCCCCGCUUCAGGAGGUGUGUGCACAUCCCAUUCCAACGACCGGGACGUUGACUAGAUCCUUUGGAUUUCCCCCGUGUCUUUCUUAGUGUGUGUUGUGUGGUGUCUUUAGUGGAAUUCUGAGACUACUGUGAAGCUCCUAUCAACGCGAAAGGAGGUGUGUGCAACAGGACAAAUUUCUAUAGCUUAGAAAGAGAGAGUUCUGGGAUUGAUCCGGACGUCCCUUCACAAUACACCUGUAUGCGGUUCUUUAUUCUGGUUUAGAGGCUUCUUCGAUCACUGGAUGCAUCUCCUCUUCCUGCGCCUAGUCACGUGACGGUUACCUCCAUCGCUGGAUGCGCUUUUGUGUGCCCCGAUGUGUUCUCCGCCCUUUUGGGACUGAAAUAUAUAGAGUUGAAGGAUUUGUGAAGCUAUGAAAAUGAAACUCAGUUAGGAUUUGGCCUGUUCAUCAGCUGCUAGGUAUCCAAUAUGGAUACAGUGGAUGGGCGUCCAGCCCAGUAUGGGGUGGAGUUGAAAGAUCUGAGAGAGCUUAUGGAAUGUCGUGGUCGAGAAGCCAUCCAGAGGAUAAAGGAAGAGUAUUCAGGUGUACAAGAACUUUGUAAAAAGCUUUAUACAUCUCCAACAGAUGGUCUCAGUGGUUCUGCAGCAGACCUUGAGCAUCGACAAAACACAUUUGGUGCAAAUGUCAUUCCUCCAAAACCACCCAAAACAUUCUUAGAAUUAGUUUGGGAAGCUCUGCAAGAUAUCACAUUAAUUAUAUUAGAAAUUGCUGCUUUAGUAUCCUUAGGACUUGCCUUUUACAAGCCACCUGAGAAUUUGGAGUUAGGUGGUAGUGUUGAUGAAAGUGAAGGGGAAGCUGGUUGGAUUGAAGGUGUUGCCAUUUUAGUGUCUGUUAUUAUUGUGGUCCUUGUUACAGCAUUUAAUGAUUAUACAAAAGAACGACAGUUUCGAGGCUUACAGAAUCGUAUAGAGCAUGAACAUAAAUUUUCUGUCAUUCGAGGAGGAGAAAUGAAUCAAAUACCUGUGGGAGAAAUAGUUGUAGGUGAUAUAUGCCAAGUGAAGUAUGGUGAUCUUUUACCAGCUGAUGGUCUAAUAAUUCAAAGCAAUGACCUAAAAGUAGAUGAGAGCUCUUUAACAGGAGAAUCUGAUCAUGUUAAAAAGGGGGAAAAUAUUGAUCCAAUUUUACUAUCGGGAACCCAUGUUAUGGAAGGGAGUGGGAAAAUGUUAGUUACUGCUGUUGGUGUAAAUUCACAAGCUGGUAUAAUUUUCACUUUACUUGGAGCAGCUAAAUCUGAAGAUGAGGAGCAAAAGAAAAAAAUGAAGAAAGAAGCCAAAAAGGCGCGCAAAAAGAAGAAAGACGCCUCAGCAUGGCAUAAUGAUGCUAAGAAUACAUUGGAAUGUUCACCCUUGACAGUCCCUGUGUCCAUUUCAGAUGAAGAAGCCGCUGUAUCUGGAAAUUCUCAUUUAGUAAAUGAUUCUACUGCCAAACCUCACAAUAAAGAUGCAUCUGGUGCAGAGAUUGUUCCCGUGAAACAAGAAAGUAAUCCACGCAAAGAACAAUCUGUUUUACAAACAAAGCUGACCAAAUUAGCUAUACAAAUUGGUUAUGCAGGUUCAACGAUAGCUAUCUCAACUGUUCUUAUUCUUGUAAUUCGUUUUGCUGUGAAAUUUUUUGUCAUUAAUCCUCGCCCUUGGAGUCCAUUUUACAUGAAUUAUCUUGUCAAAUUUAUUAUCAUUGGUGUAACUGUGUUAGUUGUUGCUGUUCCUGAAGGUCUUCCAUUAGCUGUCACUCUAGCAUUAGCAUAUUCAGUUAAGAAAAUGAUGAAAGACAACAAUUUAGUGAGACACUUAGAUGCAUGUGAGACAAUGGGUAAUGCCACUGCCAUUUGUUCUGAUAAAACAGGGACCCUUACAACAAAUCGCAUGACUGUUGUCCAAAGCUUCAUCUGUGGUACUCAUUUUAAAGUGCCACCUAAGUUUGAAAAUUUACCUUCAAAUGUAGGUGAUUUAUUAGUAACUGGAAUAGCUAUAAAUAGUGCAUAUACAUCACGAGUCAUGCCUCCUGACAAUCCUGGUGAUCUUCCAAAACAAGUGGGCAACAAGACUGAAUGUUCUCUCCUUUCUUUCGUUCUUGAUUUGGGAAAGGAUUAUCAAACAGUCAGAGAUGAUAUACCAGAAGAAAAGCUUCAUAAAGUUUAUACAUUUAAUUCAGUGAGAAAAUCUAUGAGUACUGUGAUUCCAAUUGAAGGGGGCUUUAGGGUUUUUACAAAAGGAGCCUCAGAAAUGGUUUUAAAAAGGUGUAAUUUUAUAUUUGGUAGAGAUGGUAAAUUAGAAAGGUUUACUAAAGAGGAUCAAGACAGACUUGUAAAAACUAUCAUUGAGCCUAUGGCUUGUGAUGGACUGAGAACCAUUGCCAUUGCUUAUAAGGAUUAUGUUUUCAUUCCUCAAGCACAUAAUCAAUUUCAGAUAGAUGGUGAAGUUGAUUGGGAAGAUGAAGAUAAUAUUAUUUCAGAUUUGACUUGCCUCUGCAUUGUAGGAAUUGAGGAUCCUGUGCGACCUGAAGUUCCUGAUGCUAUCAAAAAAUGCCAAAAAUCUGGAAUCACCGUACGUAUGGUGACUGGAGAUAAUGUAAAUACUGCUCGAUCUAUAGCUCUAAAGUGUGGAAUAAUUAGGCCGGGUGAUGACUUUUUAGUACUUGAUGGUAAAGAGUUCAAUCGCAGAAUCAGAGACAGUAAUGGUGAGUUUCAGCAACAUUUAUUUGAUAAAGUAUGGCCAAGACUUAGGGUGUUAGCAAGAUCUUCUCCUCAGGAUAAGUAUACUCUUGUGAAGGGUAUUAUAGAUAGUAAAUUGAAUCAAAAUAGAGAAGUUGUGGCUGUAACUGGUGAUGGAACUAAUGAUGGGCCUGCACUAAAAAAAGCUGAUGUUGGUUUUGCUAUGGGUAUUGCAGGCACUGAUGUUGCUAAAGAAGCUUCAGACAUUAUUCUGACUGAUGAUAAUUUUACAAGUAUUGUAAAGGCGGUUAUGUGGGGUCGAAACGUUUAUGACAGUAUUGCAAAAUUCCUUCAGUUUCAACUAACUGUAAAUGUUGUUGCUGUUAUUGUAGCUUUUGUUGGAGCAUGUGCAAUUGAGGACAGUCCUUUAAAAGCUGUUCAGAUGUUAUGGGUUAACCUUAUUAUGGACACUCUUGCUUCCCUUGCCUUGGCAACAGAGAUGCCAACACCUGAUUUGUUGUUAAGAAAGCCUUAUGGACGAUCAAAACCUUUAAUCUCACGAACAAUGAUGAAAAAUAUUUUAGGUCAUGCUAUUUAUCAACUUGCAGUUAUAUUUACUCUUCUUUUUGCUGGGGAUAAAAUUUUUGAUAUUGAUUCUGGAUUGAAUGCUCCUCUUCAUGCUAAGCCUUCUGAACAUUUUACUAUCAUAUUCAACACUUUUGUGAUGAUGACUCUUUUCAAUGAAAUUAAUGCAAGAAAAAUUCAUGGAGAGCGAAAUAUAUUUGAGGGUUUAUUAACAAAUCCCAUAUUUUACAGUAUUUUAGUCAUCACUGCUGCAGCCCAGGUGGUUAUCAUUCAAUAUGGAGGUUAUGCCUUUUCUACUGCUACCCUUACCAUUGAUCAGUGGCUAUGGUGUGUAUUCUUGGGAUGUGGUACUCUAGUUUGGGGGCAGUUAAUCACUUCUAUUCCAACAAAGCGUAUACCUAAGACUUUCACGUGGGGCUCUGGACCUCCUGAGGAAAUGGUAGGAAGUGCAUCAUUUGUAGAAGAUGGCAGCAGUGGAUCUCUAUCACAAGAUGUAAAAAGAACUGGACAGAUCCUAUGGAUCAGAGGUCUAACACGUCUUCAAACACAGCUGAGAGUAGUAAGAGCCUUUAAGAGCACAUUGGAAGACAUGGAAGAAAGACGUAGUGUACAUAGUUUACAUAGUUUACACAGCUUGCGUAGUUCCCGUAGUCACCCCAAGCAACUCUCUGACAUUAGUUAUAUAGAUGAAGAUGUGAAAACCCCAUCUCCCAAUGAUUAUCCUUAUGACAUGGCUGACUCUCAAAAAAAUGCCAUCUAUACUAACAACUCGAUGCGGAAUAUGAAUCACAACAACACUCAGUUUAUACCACCUCCCCAGAGUAAUUCUUCAGAAAGUGAAACUCAUGAAACUGCUCCCUUGAUGAUUCGAACACCUACUCACCAGAAUCGAACCUCCAAUCAACUUCAAGGGACACCAUCCAACUCCCCAACCACCACCACAAGUAUUACUCCUGUCAACUCCUCAUCUCCCUCUUCCAGCACAUCACUGACAACCAGCAACAACCGAGCAAAUGUGACGAGCCCUGUAGCUCGUGGUUAUCAUUUGCUGGUUGAACCAACUAAAAUUCAUGAAACCAGCAUCUGAUUGAGUGUUAGUGGAAUAUUUUACUUUGCCUGAAAAUGAUUGGUCACAAAUUCUAUUUAAGAAUUCAGUUUAUAGCAGUUCUUCCUCUGAACUGUGUCAAGCUUCAAAAUGUUGAAUGUCACAGGCUUCUAAUACUCCAAGUUCAAUGGAAAAUAGACAUUCAUUUUUAAAAGUGAAAGAGAAAGAAGAAACAAUGUGUAUGAAAAUCAUUUUACGAACUUCAUUCAUCUUCACCGUGGCAUCUCAGACUUUUUUUUUUUUUUUUUUGGUAUGCCUUUGCUGUGGACAAAGAAUAGAACUACUAUUAUGAAUAAUUAAUAUGUCUUUUUCUUUUUUUUACGUGUUUGAUUUUUAGAUAUUUUAAUGGAUGUAUUAUGGUAGCUGUAAUUUAAAUUCUUCCACCGAGUUUUAACUUUGCAAGCAGCAUAAGAGAAACAGUAUGCAUUUAGCUAUUAAGUUUUACCAGUUGCUUGUGAUAUUUGUUAUUAAUGUCAUAAUAUAUAUAUAUAUAUAUAUAUAUAUAUAAUUCUUUAUAUAUAUAUAUAUAUAAAGAUUUAUAUAUCUUACAUAUAUAUAACUACAGAAUGGAUUAUUUAUUUUACCUCUGAGGGGAGGGAAUUCUGAGACAAAAUUUGAUAACUUCUUUUGUAUAACUCACUAUGAGAAUGUGAGGAAUAUAUAUUGAAUUUUAAAAUUUGGAGAAUUUGUGAUAUGUUUCAUAAUUAAUUAUUGUAAAAUUAACCCAUUUUUGUGCAAUAUAAUUAUGUACUUUGUGAUUACUUUAUUUUUGUUGCAGUGCAUUUUGUAAAAUGAAAACAUUUAUAGUUCGUAUAUUCUUUCUUUUACAGAUUAUCAUACCUUUCCUUUUUUAAUCAAAUAAUAAUUUUGUGAUCCCUCAAAAGCUAAAGUUAUCUUAAAAUCUAAAUUUUAAGACAUAAGUAUAUAGGAUUCUUAAAUCCAUUUGGAUUUUUUAAAAAAGACAUAUUAAAAAGUAUUUGAUUAUACUUGAUUCUCUUAAAUUCAGAUUAAGCCAGCAAAAAAUAUUUAAAGAUUUUUGGUGUGUUCAUAAUAUAGCAUGAUCUUUGGUUGUUAUAGAUUUCAGGUUUAAUAGACUUUAAGAAGGUAUUUUGCCUGGCAUUUGCAUUUUAAAAGAUGUAUUGAUACAUUCAUUUGAAAAAAAUGAAAACAAGUAUUUGGAUGUUUAGAUCUAAAUGCUAGCUAAAAUGCACAAUUAAAACCAAAUUUUGGUUUAACAUCAAAAGCAUGCAAUAAUUUUGUCUACGUUGUUUGUGCUAUACUUAAAGAACAUUUUUCAUUCAUUUCAUAUUUAAACAAAAGUGUAUUGUCUUUUUCAAGCGUAAUAAAAAAAAUCUAAUUUUAGUCUUAAUUCUUGUAUAUUUAUUUCAAGGUUUUUGUUGAAAAUAAUUACACUUUAUGAUUUUUUAUUAUCAGUAAUACUUAUAAUUUUGGUUUGUAAGUUAAACUAUCAACCUUUAGGAUAUAAUCUGAAAUCUGGUAUGAAUUGUACUUAACAAAUAAGAUUAAUCCAUGGAUUAAAAAAUUUAAUUGAAACAUCAGUGUUUUUACAGAUUAAUUGCAUACAGUGCUUUUUUUUUUUUUUUUUUUUUUUUUUUUUUUUUUGUAAAAUAAAUCUAGUUAAAAUUAAUUAAAUUGUAAAUUUUAAUUUAUUUUAACUAGUUUUUGUAAAAUAAAUCUAGGUUUGAAUUUUUAGGCUUUUUGUUUUUCUGCUUCACCCCCAAAGUAACAAAACUUGAAAAAGAAUUUUUUUAGUGCAGUCUUUUAAAAGUCUUUGGUAUUCAUAAUUGUGUUUUAAUUAUUUCUGAUGUUUAAUUUAUUUAUCAGAUUCGUAAAUGCACUUUUUUUUUAAUUAAUGCACAUACUGAACUGUAGGAAAGUAUUUAGAAUCUCAAAUGGAAUUAUUACUGAUAAAAAUCACUGCAGGCACGAGAACUUUUGAUUUCUGUUUUUCUUUGACUUUUAAGUAUUUUUAAAUUAUAUGCUUCCAUACGUUAUUUAGAAAGUAACCCACAGCAGUCGCUUCAAAAAGUAGAACUGAAAUUUGUUCUCGGUAGAAAUGGGGUAGUAGAUAAUCUUUUGAUUGCUACAUAAGUUCUUACUGUCCAUUUUGUAGGCAUAUUCAUGAAUUUAUGAAAGUGACUGCUUAUAUUCAUAAAUUGUGUGCCUGUUCAAAAAUUUGAAUUAAAAAAAUCAUGAAAAUGUCAACGAAUGUGUUUUGUAUAAGAAAAUUUGCAUGUAUGUGAGUUGCCUUUGGUCAUAUUCCUCCUCCCCCCCCCAGGAAAAAGGGAAGGGAAAUUUGAUAAGUAUGUAAAUGGUAAAGAUUAUAUUUUCAAAUUGAAUUUAAUUGUUUAAUUUUUAUUCCUUAAUUAUAUAUUUCAUAAUAAUCAAUAAUUAGAAGUAUUUUUAUUGGAAAUAAUAAAAUAACAAAGGAUUACAGCAGCAGUAUAUCAAAAUAUUUUGAUAUACUCUGCUUUGUAAGCUAUUUGUACAAUUAAAUAUUGAUAUUGAUCCUAACCUACAGAUAUAAAACGAUCACUUUAUAGUUUAGUUUGCCAGAAAUUUCAUUGUGAGAUUUUUUUGCAUAAAGCAUUUUCAUAUAUUUAAAAAAAAAAAAAAAUUGUGAAAUACACUUUUCAUUUAAAUGUUUCAGUGGUUAGUUCUUAAUAUUUGUUUUAAAAAGAUUUUGGAAGUAUAAUGGAGACACAUGAGAGAAUCAUGUAAAAUUUAUUAUACAAUCUGAAAUUAUAGUAUGCUGCACUUUUGUAAAAUUAAUAGUUGGAAAAUUUUCAAGUAGUCUUAACUGAAGGUUAGCAACUGUCAAGUCCUUAGUAGACAUGAAAGAAUUUAUCAUUGUUGGUUUCUACACCGUAAGAGGAAUUUAUGUAGUAUUUCUUGUUCUUCCUGUACAAGAGGAAGUAUUCAGAGUAUUUGAUAAAAUUCCUAAUAAUGCUGGGGAUAUAUGUGUUUCAUGUAUGUAAUUUUUAUCCAAAUCAUGGAUGUCAGACACCCAUGUAGUUAAAAAAAAAAAAAAAAAAGAGAAAACAUCUGAUAUGAUUCAGAUUUUAAUUCGUGCUAGAGGGUUAAGUAUUUUUAUGCUCUUGUUGAGCUUGCAAUUUGUCCAUCUGUUCUUGGAUUUCUUCCUGUUGAUCAGUUAUUAUUCAGUUCUCUCAUACAGUGGAAAAUGAUAAGUAUGCAUGCCAAUGUGUAGGUCAGUGGAUGUUGCAGCAUUCCUUUAUUUUGUUCAUGGGCCCCUCCCCUUUUUUUCUGUUCAUCAUAUCUGCAUUUAAUUUUCUUAAUGAGAUGACCUACGUAACUUUUUUUAUGUCUCUUUAAAUUUAUUUGUUUAUAUGAAAUUCAAAUUAUGAAAUUUUUAGAAAUAACCUAUUAGAAUUUCCAAUAGAGUAUUACUGAUGCUGUACAUUUUAUUAAUAGUUCCAAUAUUCUUUCCUUAAAAAUAAUACAUGGUGAUAGCAUUUGGCAUUAGCAUCUCUUAUUUGAAAUGCGAUGUGAAGCAGUGCAAAUGCGAAGAUCAAGAUUAAUAGCCUCUUUGGUGCUAAUAAAAGAUUUCAUCCUUGAGGGAAAAUUAUUAAAGUCUUAAGAAAGAAAUAUAACUAGAUUUGAUGAAUACAUAUUUUCUUUGCCGUUUCGAAAUUAUUACCUUUUCAGUUAUAAACUGCUGCGAUUAUUUUCGGUAAAGAUAGGCAUUGUUAUAAAAGUAUCUUCUGAGGAUAUUUUAUUUUUAAGGAAGGUGAGAGAUAAUAUAACCAUUCUUAGUUUUUAAAAAUGCAUCAUGCAUUUCUUUGCAUUUAUGUUCAAAUAAUAUUUUUUAAGCUCUUAAAAAGUAGAGGCACUAUUUCUAAUGCAACUUAAAAAGAUAGGAGCUCCACAAUACUGAGCAUUUAAUUCAUAUUACAGUAAUCUAUGUGUGUAUGCAUUAAUAUAAUAUUUAAAUAUCUAGUAAAGAACUAUGUUGCAAUAUUAUUAAUAAACAUUGAUUUUUAGUCUUUUUAAAAUUACCGAUUUAUCUCCUGUAUGAUUUUAAGUUUUUAAAGUUGUAUAAAUUAUGAAUUAUUUUAUGAAGUAUGUGUUUCUAUUUGUAGCUUAUAAAAGUUAAUUUUCGUUAGUUCUGUUUUUCUUUUAAAUGGUGCUCCAACUGCAUCAUUUAUCUGUUAACCAUCAAAAAAUGUGUUCAUUUUUUAGUCAAUUAAGUUUUCUAUAUUAUUUUAAUAAUUUGUAGUUGUUAAAUUCUUACAAAAUAAAAUAAAGAUUGAAUGAAUGUAAAGGAACUACUGAAAAUGUAACUUAUGUAUACUAAUUAUAUCUUAACAUUAAUAAAAUCUUCUAUGCUGUUUUUGGCUAAAAAAAAUUAACUAUACAUAUAUUUGGUCAUUAUAUAUUUAUAAAGAUUAUAGAAAUUAGAUUAUGCAUUUAAAACAUAUCUGGAAUACAUGCAGAUUUCAGUAUAUGACUUGAAAAGGCUUAAUUUUAUUAAAAGAGCUUGUUGGUUAGAAGCUGAAAUGUAAAUAAUUAUUUAUAAAUACAUACUGAUUCUAAUUCAGUGUAUAAUUUAUAGGAUGUGUUUAAUCGUGAAAAAGAGCUUUUCUUUUAUUUUACUGUGUAUAUGGCUUAUACAUAUAGUAUCUGAAAUUUUAAUGAGAGAUCUGAAAUUUUGUGAUAAAAAAAAGGCUACCUAUGAAAUGUUGAACUGAUUCAAAAAUAUUUUUGUACUGUUACUUUUAUAAAGUUGUGCUAAAAAUGAUUGCUUUUGAAAAGAAAACUAUGGUAUUUGUUGCAUAUGUGCUAAUCUAAUUAUUGUAUUUAAGGGCAGGCAUUCAUUACAUUAAGCUGAUAUUAAAUUUUUUAUGCAUUUUUUAAUCCACAAUAAAUCUUAAAUGCUAUCUGUUUUCAUAAAAGGAAGACUGAAUGUUUCGUUAAUGAUCUUAUAACUCAACAUUAAUAUUUUACCCGUAAUCAGAAAAUUUAUGUAUUAAGUUUAAUGUAAAACUUAGGUUUUAAUAAUGUUCAUAAUAUCUUUCAUUCUAUGUGAAAAAGUAUUUUCCAAAUAAAUGUUUAAAUUCUACAUUUUGAUCUAUUAAAUAAAAUUAAAACUUUCUAUGGCAAUGAUAUGUUAGUUAUAACGUGGACAACGAAAUAAAGAUCUUUUUCUUUAUGCAUUUUGUAUUAAAAUUCUUAUUUUGAAUUCCUAUGAUUGAAAAAAAAAUCCUCAAUUUGUGUUUAACAUAACUGAGGAAGACUAAUACAGAGUGGUGGUGGGGAUAUUCUUUUGUUAUUUCAACUUACAGAGAAUAUUUCAUUGGGAAAACUAUUUUACUUGAAUGCUGAAUGAGAAUUUUUUUAUGUGAAAUUAUAUGUAGAAUCUUAAGAUACAUUAACAUAAAAUAUAAAGACUUUUUCCUUGUUUCUAGUACUGGAAUGAUUAAAAAAAAAAAAAAUGUAAUAAAGGCACACUGACUUUAAAAUUAGGUAACACCUCUGUGCAUUUUCAAAGAAUUUCGUAUUUUUAGGAGUUUUGAUUCAUUGUGAUUAUGGCAAAGCACACAAGUGCUAUUUCUCUAAUGGGAGGGGUGCUUUUGUGGACGACUGUGUAAGGAAAACUGGCUUGUAUCCAUGUUACACAUGGAGAAAACCAUGAAAACACCAUGCAGCCAGCCUCUUCACCUGGAGUCAAAUCCAGGUCAAACUAUCGGCAUUCAAUGAUUAACUCCUCAGCCCUUGUUGGGUCUACAUUUUUAGAAAAAAAUAGUUUGCACUGCUUUGUAAAAAUGUCAUUUAAAGAAAAUAAAUAAGUAAGAAAGAUGUAGACAAGUGUAGCAUUAUCUAUUGAGCAAAGUGGAAAAAGAAGUAAAAUUAAGAAGGUAAGCUAUUUAUGCUUGAUAGAUCUUAUUACAGUACUUUAAUUAUUGCUUCAAUUGUUAGCUUCUAUUAAUUUCUAUGUUUUUGUGAUUAAAUUAUUUUAUUUUGCUAUUAAUGCUAAAUGCUUAUAUAUGUAGUAUUUGAAAUUUUAAUAAAAGAUCGGAAAUUAUGUGAUGAAAAAAAGCUCUCUAUUGAAUAUUGGCUAAUUUAAAAAUAGUGUUUCUGCUUGUAUUAAUUUAUUAAGCUUUAUUAUUAUUAUUGCUAUAAUCAUUUCUUUUAUUGAUUUAGUUUUAUUGCAUCUAUUUAUGCUAUGAAAUUCAGGUAAAAGACACAAAAAAUUUGUUCCUUGAGUAAUAGUGGCCGGUAUUUGUUCUUAAAAUGCAUAUAGCUUUUUUCUAAAAAUAUAUGUCAAUGUAAAUUUAAUUUACUCCGCUAAUUGUUGAAAAUAAAAACUUUUGUCCAAGAGCA